AUGUCUUUGCAUAUUGAACAACACUCUGAUUCUUUUGUUGCUGAAAAUGGUUUACCGAGGAGAUUAAGAACUGCAUACACUAAUACACAACUUCUAGAGUUAGAGAAAGAAUUUCACUUCAACAAAUAUUUAUGUCGACCCAGGCGCAUCGAGAUUGCAGCAUCACUUGACUUAACUGAAAGACAGGUUAAAGUAUGGUUUCAAAAUAGAAGAAUGAAGCACAAACGUCAAACGUUGAGUAAAGGUGAAGAUGGAGACGAUAAAGACUCAACUGCGUCAGAAGGAGGGAAGAGUUCUAAACUGUGUUCGGACAAAUUUCCUGAUGACGAUGGUCCUAGUGGUAAGAAGAGUUGCCAAGGUUGCGAAAUGCCUCCAGUGAAUUUGGACGACGUUUCCGACAAUGGACCAUUAACGCGAGGCAACAACAACAAUACGCCAAGUGCAACGAAUAACAAUAAUACGUCAACUGGGACGUUCCGAAGUAAUAGCGAUGGAGCGAGUAGCGUCGCAUCAAGUUCAGGAUCACCUGAUGUUGCCAAACCUAUACCGACAGAAGAUGACGAGCCUCUGACGACUCGCAAUAAGAAACCAAUAGUAAAAUCAGAAAUCGAUCGCGGUAACUACUCCCCGGUGGCCGCCGCCAAAGAAGAGAUUACAACAAAAUCUCGAAACUCUGCUAUGUAUCCCAUUCAAAGAAUAUCUCAAUACGUAAAUCCCCCUGGUAUGCGAUCCGCAGGUUAUGUCCAACAACCGCCGACUACAGUGCCUCCACAAUACCAUCCAGAUGCCUUAGCGCAGCAUCAAUACCGCGUUAAACCCACUGCGCCCGUACUGGCGCAGCAUCAAUCGCAGACUCAAGGCUGCUAUUCACCGGCGGAGGGCUACGCGAUGAACGCAACUCCGGAGCAAUUGCUGCCUUCGGCCGCUGCAGAAGCGUAUGCACGAACGCAGCAGCAGGCUCAACGAAUGCGUGGCCAACAGAGAAAUUACGUAUCGGCCGCCGCGGCAGCGGCACAGUACGGAUAUAACUACGGAAAUUAUAACAGCAAAUGCCAGACGCAACAGCAGCAGCACACGUCGCAAACCCAACAAGCGCCGCAGCAUGCUCAACAGCAGCAAGAAUAUCCUCAUCAAUAUGGAGGCCAGUACGCUGUGCAUGAUACAGCUGAGCACGGGCAUGGACAUGGCCACGGACAAUACCACCAUCACCAUCACCACGCCGUGCAUUACUACCAAAGCGGUGCGGCGGUUGGUGUAUACGUGGAAGAUCAUCCGAUGGAGCACGGCUAUUACACCGCGGAGCAAAUGGCAGCGGCCCACAACAAACCAGCCAUAACCGAUUACACCGACGGCUACGCGGCGCAACAAGAGGUCUACGGAUCGACGCACACGCCGCACGCGGCCCACGUCGACGGGACCUACACAGCCCACGGAGCCUCCUCCUCGGACGCAACGGCCGAUAGCUACAACGCGUUCCAACAUUUUUAUGAAACGGGACAAGGACAGCCGACGGAAAACAGUAAUAGUUCUUCCGAUUUCAAUUUUCUUAGCAAUCUAGCAAACGAUUUCGCACCUGAGUACUAUCAGUUGAGCUGA